CUUCAAGGAUAAAAAUGGAAACAGCUAGUUUUUUUCUUUUUCAGUAAUUAUAUUGCAGAGUACAAUUUCAAUCGUCAUAACUGAAGAAUUAAAGCACAAAUUUCCACUCUAUGAAAAACAACAGGCUAAGUAAAUAUCAGAGAAAGGGAGACCAAGUUUAAGAAAAUUAAUAGAUUUACAGGAAGAAUAAAGUUUCCAUCUCCAAACCAUAAUGUUAUUUGACGUAUGUAAUGAUUUUGUUAAUGGAACUUUAAGAAUAACCCAUCACUUGAUGCAUAUUUUUGGCAAAAGAGGAAAAUGUUAACUUCAGAGGAUCAUAUUUUCUGCAUAAUCAGCUCUUGGAGCCCUCAAGAGGUUAUUAGGAUUUGUAAUUCAGAGGUGGUACUGUUUGGAUAGGCUUACUCAUGAAAAUGUGAAAGGAUGUGCAAUCCUAUCAAGGACAGGACUGCAUAUAAUUUAUGUAUAUUCUGGUCUUCAGUACUUCUAGAAUUAUGGCAACCAAGUAAGGAGUUCCUGUUUCUGCCUCACUGCAGGCUGUGCAAUGGAUAAGGAGGAGAAUGAACAGAAAAGCAGGCUUUUUAGUUCCUUUCUGUUCUAGCAUAAAGGUUUUGGAGCCAGCUCUGCUGCUUUCUCUUUUCGUGAUCUUGUACAAGUUGCUUAACCUCUGUGUGCCUUGGUUUACUCAACUGGGAAAUGAGGAUAGCAGGGUUGCUGUGAGAAACAUUACGAGUAAAUUUAUGUACAGACUUAGAAUAGGGCCUGACAAAAGCAGAUGCUUAAUUAUCUAUGGUUGUGAUUGUUGAUGCUGUUGUUGCUAUUCUUACCCUAUCCUCUUAUGUCUGCCUUUCCUCUCAAGUACUGACUGUGAUGCGUGGGGGGAAAAAGUGUGUGAAUAUGAGUUCCUGCACUCAGUACACAUGUACUGAGUCUCUGCUCUAUGCCAAGCACUGCUCUAGAUACUGCAGAUACAAAGAUGAGCAAGAUACACAGUUCCUCCCUCAAGGAGCUCAGAGCUUUGAAUGUGGGCUACUACAGUAAGAUUUGGUAAGUGCUAUAUUGAUUGGUACUAAAGCGUAAGAUGCUAUGAGAGCAUAAGCAAGGUGUGCCUAAUUCUGCCUUGAGCUUCUGGGAGAGAAAAAGGCACCAUGGAUUAAAAUAUGUUUAAAGCGAGUCUCAAAAAAUGAACAGAAGCUUAAUAACUAGAGUAAGAUAACGGGGUGUUCUAAGCAAGGCAGCUAUAUGUUUGAAGACAUUGGUCUGUAGUGAAGCUAGAAGGCAUACUCAGAAUUGGCUAGACUUUAGGGAUUUGGUGUGUGCGGUGGAGGAAGAGGGGCAGGAAAUGAGGACAGGUAUAGGCAAGAGGUUAGUAGUUCUAAUCCCUUCUCCGCAGCUAUACGUUAUGUACCAGAGGAGAAGAAUGAACAGAGUAACAGGCAUUUUCGUUCUAAUCAGAGAUUAGUGGUUCUAAAUGAGUUUGUGGUAGAGGAACUUCAUGGCUUGUGGGGUUCUAGUUCCCCAACCAGGGGUAGAACCUAGGUCCUUUACUGUGAGGGCAGCAGAGUCCUAACCACUGGACCACCAGCGAAUUCCUGAAGCAAAACUUUUAAAUACUAGAAUUUUUGGUUAUCUUCUUCAAAAGAUUAAAUGACUCAAAACCAAAGUGAACAAGUUUGCAAUAAUGAAAUAUGAUAGAUACCAGUGCUUGUCUGGUUCUAGAAAGUAUUCAGUUAUUAAGUGUAUUGGUUACUUGGUUAUUUCUCAGCAUGACCAUAUGUUCUAAUAAGUCCAGGCUCUUUUAUUUUUCAUAUCUCUUAUCACUGACUCCUUUACUUAUAGUCAGUUAUAUUCUCCUCUACACUAAGUCACUCCUGUAUUCUUGCCUGGAGAAUCCCAUGGACAGAGGAGCUUGGUGGGCUACAGUCCAUGGGGUCACAAAGAGUUGGACACGACUGAAGUGAGUUAGUAUGCACUACACUUAGUUGCAGUGAUCCACUUAGCUCAAUGUUCAGUCUUAUAAACGUCCAUGACAGUACACAUGAUUGAUGACAGCCAAAAUUAACUUUCCAUGUUCCAUACUGGUCACAAAUUGAUGGCCCAAUUGUGAAGAGUUUGUGGGUCAGGAAGAGCACCCCCCCUGUUUUUUAAUUAAAGAGCUUAGAUUUUAUCCACUAAGUAAUAAGGAGAUGAUAGCAUCUUCACAUUCUAGAAUGAUUUCUCUGGAGUUAAGAAGGAGUUAAGACUAGAAGCAGGAAGCUCAGCAGUCCUCCGUGAGAUGAUGAGGAUCCACAGGGAUAGAGUGGAGCGCAUAAAUAUUUAAGAGGUAGAGUCCACAAGAACUGGUUAACUGGUUUGGGCAGAGUUUGGCAUAGUGAGAACGAAGACUCUCAACUUUGUGCCUGAGGGUCUAACUGGGUGAUGGUAUAAUGACUGACCUGGGGAACAUGCGGAUAAGAAGUUAUGGGAUAUUGUAGGUGUUAAACGUAUACUUGAAUUAAGUUGUGAAAAUGCUUACAAGUAGCAUUUUGAGAGAGUUCAGAAUAAAAUUUGGAAAUUAUUUUAUGACGAAUAAAUUGCUAGUUAAAAGGAGAAUAAAUGAUUAAAGACAUGGUGUUCAAAUUUUGUUGAUCAUAAACUAUCAGUAAAAAAUGUUUAAGCAUGCAUGUUUUUUUAUAUAUGUGUAUACAUAUAUAUGAUAGAAAAUGUACUGCACAUAUAUAUAUGACCUGAAUAUUAUAAACUCUUAAGGCCUAAUUUUUUUUUUUUUAAAAGAUCAUUUUAUAUACCUGCUCUGAAGUCAGCUGUUGUAGGGAGAGGAAAAGCAGAGCAUUAUGACAAAUAAUGAAGAGGAGUGAGGUUUCUGGGAAAAAGUGGCUGCUCAGAGUUCCCACAGCACUUUGUUGAUGCUCUGACUUACAUGUUUCUACAAUACAGUGGUAUAUUUACUGCACAGCACUGUAACUUAUUUUCCUGCUCUUUCAAGGGAGCUUAUUGAGGAUAAGACUAUGUUUUACUUGUCCCUCUCUUCUCAACACCUAGUCCUGGUUCUGGCACAUAUAGGCAUUCAACUGAUGUUUCUGAAUGAAUAAAAGCAGCACAUUAUUUCAGAACAGAAAUGAAAGCACUUGCAAACUAGAGCAGGAUACAAGAGACAUACAGUCAAUUCUAAAAUGGCAGGAAAGGGGCGGCGCGGAGGGGCCGGUCACCCCGCAGCCCGGCCUCGGCCUCGGCUCGUCGCCGCCCCGCCCGCGCGCACGUCCCCCGGCGGCCACCAUGAGCACAGGCCUGAGGUACAAGAGCAAGCUGGCGACCCCAGAGGACAAGCAGGACAUCGACAAGCAGUACGUGGGCUUUGCCACGCUGCCUAACCAAGUGCACCGCAAGUCCGUGAAGAAGGGCUUCGACUUCACGCUCAUGGUGGCCGGGGAGUCAGGCCUGGGGAAGUCCACACUGGUCCACAGCCUCUUCCUGACCGACCUCUACAAGGAGCGGAAACUGCUGAGUGCUGAGGAACGCAUCAGCCAGACGGUUGAGAUCCUAAAGCACACGGUGGACAUUGAAGAGAAGGGAGUGAAGCUGAAGCUCACCAUCGUGGACACACCAGGCUUUGGGGAUGCCGUCAACAACUCUGAGUGCUGGAAGCCCAUCACCGACUAUGUGGACCAGCAGUUUGAGCAGUAUUUCCGGGACGAGAGCGGCCUCAACCGCAAGAACAUCCAGGACAGCCGCGUGCACUGCUGCCUGUACUUCAUCUCCCCUUUUGGGCACGGGCUGCGGCCGGUGGACGUGGGCUUCAUGAAGGCCCUGCAUGAGAAGGUGAACAUCGUGCCCCUCAUUGCCAAGGCCGACUGUCUUGUCCCCGGGGAGAUCCGCAAGCUGAAAGAGCGGAUCCGGGAGGAGAUUGACAAGUUUGGGAUCCAUGUGUACCAGUUUCCUGAGUGUGACUCGGAUGAGGAUGAGGACUUCAAGCAGCAGGACCGGGAACUGAAGGAGAGCGCACCUUUCGCUGUUAUCGGCAGCAACACGGUGGUGGAGGCCAAGGGGCAGCGGGUCCGGGGGCGUCUGUACCCGUGGGGGAUCGUGGAGGUGGAGAACCAGGCGCACUGCGACUUCGUGAAGCUUCGCAACAUGCUGAUCCGCACGCACAUGCACGACCUCAAGGACGUGACCUGCGACGUGCACUAUGAGAACUACCGGCCACACUGCAUCCAGAUGACCCGCAAGCUGACGCAGGACAGCCGCAUGGAGAGCCCAAUACCCAUCCUGCCGCUGCCCACGCCCGACGCUGAGACUGAAAAGCUCAUCAGGAUGAAAGAUGAGGAGCUAAGGCGGAUGCAAGAGAUGCUGCAGAAAAUGAAGCAGCAGAUGCAGGACCAGUGACCCCGCCGCAGCCCCACGUGCCAUGACUAUCCUGCCGGCUUCCAGGCUGGCCCUUCCCACCCCUGGACCCUGACGGGCCUGGACUCGACGCCGGAUUCGUCUGGAUCGCCCAUAGGCCCUGGCGCGACCCCCCCACCCCAGAGUGGCCCAGACCUGGUUUUUUUUCCCUCCUGUUCUCAGAGACGCUGGGUCACAGCCUCCAGCCAACCCUAAUUUAUUCUCAGCAUCGGCCCCUCCCCUCGUUUGUAUCUGCUUCCCAGGGGCCUGUACGGUGGCGCCCCCCACAUACAGCCCUCUCUGGCCUUGGGGCGCUGGAUCUAAGUUGGGUGGUGACUUCUGAAAUCUGCCCCCAACUGGAAGGUCACUGCACUGACUCCAGGCCCUACUUACAUGGACGGGAGAACCAAGGCAGAGUGGAGGUGGGGUGGGAGCCUGAUCCCCAGAACCCUGGCCUGUUUCCCGAUUCGGAGCCUCCCUUUGGGCCCCCGUGGGCUGGGUCUUUCUUACCCCUUCCCCCAUUCUCCAGGCACCUCUGCGCACAGGUUGGGAGCGGAAGGGAUUAGCUCCGUCCGGACCUAAUGAGGUCAGCUGGCUGCUGGGGACAGUAACGUGGCUGGGCUUCACUGUGAAUGCCCGUGCCCCUCCCCCCAUGGCUCCAGGAGCAGCGGGUGGUCGGCAAACUGGCCAUCCUUGUCCCUGGCCCACCACCGUUUGCCCAUCAGUGGCGGGAGGCCCGCUCUCCCCAGCAGCACUGUAGCCCUGGGUUCCCGAGUCCCUGGUCCCUGUCCCUCCACCCGCAUGACCCCUGGCUCCGCGCCCCAUUCUCCAGUGUGUUCCGUUGUGAAUGCUGCGCCCUGUCCUGGUGACAGGGGAACAAUGUUGGUGAACGUCAA